AUGGACUCCUUACUCCAAAAAUUCAAUGAAACCAGAGAUGACGAUCCAGAGACAAUCGAGAGAAUCACGAUAAAUGAGAAAUAUGAUGCCAAGAAUCGUUUCGCAUUAGAUUAUAAAGAUAGAGAUUACAGUUCUCAAUUUUAUCACAUGUACAAGUAUCGUCUUGUAACUUUUAAAGAACGUGUUAAUAGGGAAUGUCUUAAGAGAUGGGAUAAUGGAUUUGAAUUGAAGGGGAACCCCGUAGUAAAGAAGGAAAAAGUUUUAGAUAUUCAAGGAAAUCAACCAUGUUGGUGUAUAGGGACCAUUUAUUGCGAAAUGAAAUAUAAACCAAAUAUAUUAGAGGAAGUUGUUAAUGAUACAUAUGGUGCUCCUGAUUUAGUCAAGAGUUAUAUGGAUCCAGAGGGAGCUGAUGAGAUUAUGUUAGAAGAUGAAAGUGGGAGAGUGUUACUAGUGGGAGAUUUUAUUAAAUCCACUCCAUUUAUUACUGGCACUGUGGUAGGAGUUUUGGGAAUGGAGGCUGAUGCAGGUACAUUUCAAGUAUUAGAUAUAUGUUAUCCCGCAGCAAUCCCACAAAAGCCAUUGAGUUUGCCUACCGAUAAGAAGAACCAUGGCAAGAUUGCCUUAGUCUCGGGGUUGAAUAUUAAACCUACAUCUCCAGAAAACUCUUUGCGAGUACAAUUAUUACAAGAAUUCCUUAUGGGACGACUAAAUUCCAAUAUUAGCUCCGAUCUUUCCAACAUUGGGAAAUUGAUAAUUUGUGGAAACUCAAUGGAUUUUAAUGUUAAAAGUGACUCACCUGGUUCCUUAACAAACAGUUUGGAAGAAUUUGGUAAGUUUCUAGGUAAUACUUUGCAAAGUAUAUCGAUUGCUUUAAUGCCAGGAGCCGGUGAUCCAAGUGAUAGAUCUUUACCACAACAACCAUUACAUAAGGCAUUGUUUAAGGAAGCACUAAGACCGUAUUUUGAUAAGAUGAAUAAUGAGAUUUUGAAUUUAGUGACAAAUCCGUAUCAAUUUAAUAUUAACGGCAUUGAACUUUUAGCAAUUGCGGGUCAAAAUAUUAAUGAUAUUCAUAAAUAUGUUAUUUCAAGCCAAGAUCUUGAUUCUAAUUCUGAAGUUGAAAAGACUGAUCUUGAGCAUAGAUUAGAUCUGAUGGAAUGUACUUUGAAAUGGCAAAAUAUUGCACCAACGGCCCCAGAUACAUUAUGGGCUUAUCCAUAUAAAGAUUUUGAUCCAUUUGUACUAGAUGAAUGGCCGCAUGUAUAUGUUGUUGGUAAUCAACCUGAAUUUGGUACCAGAGACGUUACUUUGAAUGGCGGCACAAAGAUCAAAAUUAUUUCCAUUCCAGAAUUUAGCUCAACAGGAGGCAUUGUACUAUUAGAUCUGAAUACUUUAGAAACAGAGCUGGUACAAAUAGAACUUUAA